AGUUUGUCUUCCUCAAUAAAAGAGUACCUGAGAAAACAGAUCUUUCGUAAAAUCAGUGACUUAGAGAUCGAAGACGAUGAGCUCUGCAUCCGCCAUGAAAGCUAUUGGAGUUUUGCUUCUGCUUACCGUUCUAACAUUAGCUUAUGCGAAGAAGUCUGGUGAUGUGACAGAGUUGCAGAUUGGUGUCAAGUACAAGCCUCAGAAAUGUGAUCUUCAGGCUCACAAAGGGGAUAAAAUCAAGGUUCACUAUCGGGGAAAGUUAACUGACGGAACUGUCUUUGAUUCAAGUUUUGAGAGAGGUGACCCUAUUGAGUUUGAGCUUGGAAUUGGUCAAGUGAUCCCAGGAUGGGACCAGGGUUUACUGGGAGCUUGUGUAGGUGAGAAGAGAAAGUUGAAAAUCCCAUCCAAACUUGGUUAUGGUGAUAAUGGCUCACCACCAAAAAUCCCGGGUGGGGCGACAUUGAUAUUCGACACCGAGCUUGUUGCUGUGAACGGAGAACCAUCCAGCGAAGGAAAAGCAAAGAAUGAGCUUUGAUUACAUCAUCUUUGUUUUUCAUUUAAAUGAAACCUUGAAUAGUCGGUCGUUGUCAGCAUUUGAAUCUCAAACCUGCCUAGAAUCAUUUACUUUACUAGUUAAAGACAAUAAUUAUGUUUUGGUCAU